ACAGCUGUGCUAAAGGGAUCGUGUACUGCCGCAGUCGUCAGCUUUGUGAUGAGAUAGCUACAGCGAUGGGCUGCAGUAGCUAUCACGCAGGUGUAGGUUCUCGUACGGCAAUACUAGAGCAGUGGCGGCAGCGUGGUGGGCUAAUUGUGUGUACGUCUGCGCUAGGAGUAGGAGUAGAUAUCGCAGGGGUAGGGUUUACGCUGCAUAUCGAACAGCCAUGGAGCAUGAUUGAUUUUGUGCAGGAGAGUGGGAGAGCGCGAGGGCAGGGUAAGGCAGUGGUGCUAGCAGUAGUAGAAGAAGAGCGGCGGCAGCGAGCACAGCAGCGAGCACAGCGAGUGCGGCAGAAGCAGCAGGCAGAUGAGGCAGAUGAGACGGAGACAGAGACAGAGAUAGAGAAGGAGACGGAGACUGACGAGAGUGAAGAGAUGGAUGAUAGUCAGGCCGUAGCAAGGCUAAUACGGACGCGCGGCUGUCGGCGAAGGGCAAUUAGUCGAUAUAUGGACGGCAUAGAGGCAUCGUGUAGGCAGCUAGAAGAAGCUACAGCAGAUCAAGUGGUUGCGUGGUGCGAUAACUGCAAUCGACGCAGGGCUAGCAGCACGCAGGAGGCUAUACAGCAAGGAGUAGUAGUAGAAGCUACUACUACUACGGCAGAUACGAGCGGACAGGCAGCGUGGCAAGCAGAUGCGCAGCUGCAGGCAGUGCAGGAGAGGGUCGUACGGGCGAAGCUGAAUGAGCUAGCGCAGCAGAUAUGCCCGUACUGCUGGGGGAUACUACACGAAAUAUUUGGUGGAGAGCGUAGUGCGAGGCGGAUAGAAGAAGAGCAGGAGGCUGAGCAUAGCAUUUGGGAGUGCUGGCGGCUAAUAGAGAGAGGUGAAAGAGUACAGCAGCCGCUAGAUAGUGUACGGCGGUGGAUUCGCUAUAGUAAGGAGCUAGAUAUAUGCUGGAAAUGUGGGAUGAUACAGAAGCUGUGCGAGUGGGAGAGCGGAGAGCAGCAGCAGCAGAAGUGUAGUUGGAAUAACGUAGUAGUGCCGGUACUAUAUGGGCUACGGGAGGCGGCAGUAGCUAGAAAGCAGCUAGAGAGCGGUAGAGUAGAUACUGUGAUUGAACAAGGUGGGUUCAAUAUAGAAGUAGAAGAGAGUAGAGAGAGUAGAGAGAGUAGAGAGAGUAGAGAGAGUAGAGAGAGUAGAGAGAGAAGAUUUGGGCAGUGGAUUGGGCA